GUGGAUUGCCGUUGCGUUUCGGCUCAGAAGUUAGGAAACACUCAGUGCCGGUCGACAAGUGCUCGAGAUAGGAUGGGUGACACUGCGGCUCGCAGUAUUCUCGAUCACCGAGGCUGUGUUGAUCUUGAAACGAUUUUGGUGAAAUUUGGAGCCCCAAUCUCAGAAGAAAGAGCUUGGGCUAUUUGUUACUCAGCAGUGAAGUGUUAUUUAGAAUUAGAUAGCCAAGAUAAAUCCCAAAGUGCAAUAGUAACAAGUUUACAAGAUUUAAUACUACAUAAAGAUGGAUUUGUUCACCGGGAUACAUUUCUGGCGCCUGCUGGCUCCAUUGCUCUGGACGGUGCAACGUGUACAGUCAAACGUCGCGAGCGCCAGGCCCCUGAGAGUAAGCUGGUGGCGGAGCUGGGCUGGGUGCUGUACAGUGCGCUGGACUACGGACUUGGUCAUGCCGAGGAGCGAGAUCUCAGCCCUCCCCUCCACUCCCUCGUCGAACAGAUGAUCUCUGCAGACAACGAGCCCGAAGCGGAUGACGAGGGUAUCGAGCGAGACCUCGGGCGCACCUUUACCCUCACCGACAUCGUCCACGAAUGCGAGAAGAGAUUGCUGCCGCAGUUCAGCUCGUCGUCCAUUAGCGGCGCCGCAUCCAAAAAGUUCUCAUCCACGUCCCCAUCCUCCGUCCCCACACAGUCUUCAUCCAAGACGUCCCCUACCAGAACCUCCGCUUCACCCACUGAUAAAAGAGAGUGCGUGCCGAGCGACCACUACCGCGCGGUGAUGCGGGCGUUCGUGACGGAGGCGCAAGACCUGCAGUUGUUCCUGGCGACCGUGGCGGAGGGCAGCAGCUACCUCAGCCUCACCAGCGACCUGCUCUCCUCACAGCACGACCUGGACCAGCUGCAGCACCAUGACUGGGCUGUGCUGUGGAAGCAAGUGAUGUUGCAGUUGCGGGAAGGCGUCAAACUCAAGAAAGUUAACUACUCUAAGACGCCUCUGGAAUACACUCUUACGCCAUACGAGAUGCUCAUGGAAGAUAUACGGUCGAGGAGAUAUACCCUCAACAAGGUGAUGGUCAACGGCGACAUGCCUCAGCGCGUCAAGAAAGAUGCUCACUCCAUCAUCCUGGACUUUAUUCGCUCGCGCCCGCCCUUAAAGAAGGCGUCGGAGCGACGACUGGCUCCGAGGAGCCGCCAGUCCACUCCCAUGGAGACUUUAAUGCAGAGCAUCAGACAAGAACACAGCUUACGCCACGUCCAGACCCCUGCCAGACCCCAGAGUGUUGUGUUGGGACGCGUGACGUCGGAAGGAGCGCCGUCUCUCCCCAAGCGCAAACUCAUUUCCUUCCCCAGCAUCACCAUAGACGCCGAGGAUGAUGACGACGACGACCUGAGCGAUAUUGCCCCCGCAAGCCCCCCUCAGUCGUCCCUUUUUCUGGGGGGCUCCGCGCCCCCCACCAUGCAGCGGGGGACAAGUCAAUGUAACCCCCUUGCCCCCUCCUCUGCUGCCCCCACGCCCAGCCAGUCUAAUGCCCACUUCGCAUCACACUUGGACUGCUUAUCACUGACGCUGGAAGAGGUCGUGCACAUCCGUAACGUCCUGACGAAGGCGGACUUGGAAGCCUUACCGCUGGACUUGACCAUCAAGGAGGAUAUGGCUAAAGGCAAGAUCUGUUUCCUGUGUAUGAAGGUGCGCUUCAGCUUCUUCGGCUACUGGGCUGUUGAGUGCCGUCUUUGUAAACGCAACGUCUGCAAGAAAUGUGUGUCCAAGAUGCGAAUACCAGCUGAACAUUUUGGCAACAUCCCCGUGCUGAUGUUGUCCCCUCAAGCCUUCUCCCCUCGUGAAGAAGAAGAGGAAUCACAAACACAAUUUUUCCCCAGGCAGCUCUUCAGUAGACUCCAAGAGUUGCCGAAGACGUCGCAGGAUCGGCGCGUUAGUUCCUCCUGUAGCGUGGGGUCGGCGCCCUCCUCCCCCUCCCCCUCCCCUCGCUCCGGUGCCCCACACUCCCACAAGUAA